CGUCGCUGAGGCAAGUGACAAACCAUCAACUCGCUGCGUCUUUGCAUCCUUUCAUCGUCCAUCGCCUCUUCCGCCUUGUCUUGACGCUCUUCCAGUACCGAAUCACGUAUACAGCAAAACAGUAGCUCAUCAUGGCCGACGUCGCAGUCGACUCGUACGCAAACACAGUGCCGCCGCACAAGAAACAGCUCUCGUCAUCCAUCCCAAACAUCGAAUCGCUGGAAGGCAUCGGCGCGGACUCUGACGACCAGUAUUCCACAUUCAAGAAACUCCAGAGACAGCUUGAGUACAUCAAGCUGCAAGAAGAGUACAUCAAGGAUGAGCAAAGAUCGUUGAAGAGAGAGCUUGUGCGUGCACAGGAGGAGAUCAAGAGGAUACAGAGUGUGCCGCUCGUCAUCGGCCAAUUCAUGGAGGCCAUCGAUCAGAACACCGGCAUCGUACAAUCUUCGACUGGGUCCAACUAUGUCGUGCGCAUUCUUUCAACGCUCGACCGUGAACUCCUCAAGCCCUCAUCAUCCGUUGCUCUCCACCGCCACUCAAACUCUCUCGUCGACAUCCUUCCCCCAGAGGCAGACUCUUCCAUCGCCAUGCUUGGUGCAGACGAGAAGCCGGAUAUUUCCUACGCUGAUGUUGGAGGUUUGGACAUGCAGAAGCAAGAGAUCAGAGAAGCUGUUGAGCUGCCUCUUACACAUUUCGACCUAUACCACCAGAUCGGUAUUGAUCCUCCUCGCGGUGUUCUACUCUACGGUCCCCCUGGUACUGGAAAGACUAUGCUGGUAAAGGCUGUCGCCAACAGUACCACCGCAUCCUUCAUCAGAGUCGUCGGUUCCGAGUUCGUCCAGAAGUACCUUGGUGAGGGUCCUCGCAUGGUCAGAGAUGUCUUCCGCAUGGCGCGUGAGAACAGUCCUUGCAUCAUCUUCAUCGAUGAGAUCGAUGCCAUUGCCACAAAGCGUUUCGAUGCCCAAACAGGUGCGGACAGAGAAGUCCAGCGUAUUCUGCUUGAGCUGCUUAAUCAGAUGGAUGGAUUUGAUCAGACCAGCAACGUCAAGGUCAUCAUGGCCACCAACCGUGCCGAUACUCUGGAUCCCGCCCUUCUCCGUCCCGGUCGUCUGGACAGAAAGAUUGAAUUCCCCAACCUCCGCGACAGACGUGAGCGUAGACUCAUCUUCAGCACCAUCGCCAGCAAGAUGAGCUUGAGCCCCGAAGUCGAUCUCGACAGUCUGAUUGUUCGCAACGACCCUCUCAGUGGCGCCGUCAUCGCUGCCAUCAUGCAGGAGGCUGGCUUGAGAGCAGUCAGAAAGAACCGCUACAACAUUAUCCAGCAAGAUCUCGAAGACGCCUACACUAGCCAGGUCAAGGGCGCAUCAGAGGCCGACAAGUUCGACUUCUACAAGUAAGCUAUGAUGUUACGGGCCAUCUAGGCCCUUUUGUGUACACUAGAGUAGUAGCAUGGGAAUAGGAGAAUGGACUUUCUGCAUGGAUGCAUCUGCUUGCUGGGUAUGCAGUUGCAGGCAGUCAGGUAGACGAUCAUAAUGGCAAAACACAUAUCACGACACACGGUAUAGCUGGCAAUGUUUUUGACCGUCUUGUAUUUUGUUCGCUAGGGACAGCCCAGUAUUUACUUGACUCCUGACUAUGCGCCGGAUGGGACUGGUACUAUGUUGUGACACAGCAUCAACGCAUUUAAGCGGCAAUGGUGACCUCAACCUCAACACCGGCCUCGAUGUUGAUGAUGAUCUGCUUGACGAC